AUGAAGCAAUACCAGUGCACUAUUGGCCGAGUGUUGGUCAUGAAUGACCUUCCACCCUCUUACGAGGAGGCGGUCGCAGCUUCCUAUUGUGAAUUGAAUGUGAGACUCGUGUUCACUGUACCUAAUGUUACAACCAACACCGUUCAUCGGGCUUCCUCGCUGUAUUUGUACGAACUAGCGCCAGGCGGAAGAUGGUUUCUGAAAGUGGAGGAUUGGAUUUGGCCUUUGCUACCCGAGCGAACAAGAUUUUCGUUGGACAUGAACGGCUGUCUUACGUUGGAAGUCGAUCAAGAAGGGAAUGAAUUUCCGAUAAUGCACGGCGUGGUUUAUGGAAUAUCGUCGAACUACGGAUAUAAUCUGGCAAAAAUAUUGCAGGACAUUGGCAUCAGCCUGAAACCGGGAUUGAAUUUGCCGAGGGCUGCUACUUCCGCCAAAGUUGAUGCUGGACAAGUACUUCAGAACACGUUUCUGUCAGGAACCGAAUGGGUUGCGACCUUCUUGAUGUGGUCGGCCUUCUUUGCUCAUUCAUUCUUCACUCGCCGCGCAAAUCACCUCAAGUCGAUCAUGCCUCCGGUAGAAAAGGAAGUCCACGUAGAUCAACGAAUCGUGAAAGGGUUUCAAAUGUUCAAGUCCGCUGGAGAAGCAGUUACAAGUGUUGUAGGCAUUGUGGGUGAAGCUGCGGGUGGGGCGGCGAAGUGCGUCUCAAAUUCCGUGUCACCUUAUAUCGUUGAUGGGUUGGCUGCUGUUUACCCCUCUGGCCAGGGAUCAUCAGGAGUUGUCCAGUCAGUUAAAGCAGCUGCCUGUGUGGCCUGUGAAGGUUUCGAGAAGAUUCGAUUUUCAAUGGUGAACGGAAUGGCGUUGGUUGGGCACAGCGCGCGAAACAAUUGUGCAUCUGUCAUUGCGCAUAAGUUUGGCGACGAAAUGGGAAUCGCCGUGGAUGAAGCGAUGGACGCAGUUGGAGGGGCUGCAGCAGCGUCGUACUAUUACAACAUGAUGACACCGAGAGGAAUUCUGCAAUUGGCUGUAUUGGGUACAUCGUCUUCUGCGGAAAAACCAACCAAUCACGAGGCGCCCGGAAGUCAACCACAAAACGAGAAGGACGAGUUCAUGCCAUCUGCUCCCCCUGUAGAUUUUUUCGACGAUUUUGAGCUUUUGGAUACGGACGUGUUUGUUGAUGAGAAACAAUGAGUGACAUUUGUAUCGUGGGUUUCGGAUUGAUUUUGUGAUGAGUGGAAACGACUGGAAUACUUGGUGAUGAAUUAAUGUUACGCGUGCUGUGAAAAGUUGAAAAGUAAAGUGAUUUUUUCGACGAA